GGGAUUGUUUUGGGAGCGAGUGUGGUGGAAAGAUGGCGGACGAUAGGAAGCGGGCGGAUAAUGCCAAGCAUCGGCGUGGAGAGCAGCUCAAGCGCUGGCUGGGCUCCGAGACCGACCUGGAGCCGCCUGUCUUCAAGAAGAAGAAGACCCGGGUGAAGUUCGAUGACGGCGCCGUGUUCUUGGCCGCUUGCUCGAGCGGCGACACCGAGGAGGUGAAGCGGCUGCUGGACCGCGGGGCUGACAUCAACUACGCCAAUGUGGACGGGCUGACUGCGCUGCACCAGGCCUGCAUUGAUGAGAACCUUGAAAUGGUGAAAUUUCUGGUGGAGCACAGUGCAGACACUAAUCAACCAGAUAAUGAGGGCUGGACCCCACUGCAUGCUGUGGCAUCCUGUGGAUAUAUAAAUAUAGCUGAGUAUUUGAUAAAUAAUGGAGCCAAUGUUGCUGCUGUUAACAGCGAGGGGGAGAUCCCAUCUGAUAUCGCAGAAGAAUCGGCGAUGAAAGAUCUUUUGCAAGACGAAAUAAGCAGGCAAGCAAUUGAUGUAGAAGCAGCGAGGAAAGAAGAGGAACACAGAAUGCUGCAGGAUGCCAGGCAGUGGUUAAAUAGUGGCAAAAUAGAGGAUGUAAGAAAUACCAAAUCAGGUGGUACGGCUCUGCAUGUGGCUGCUGCAAAAGGCUAUUUGGAGGUUUUAAAGCUCCUAAUUCAGGCUGGGUAUGAUGUAAACAUCAAGGACAAUGACGGCUGGACACCACUUCAUGCUGCUGCUCACUGGUGCAAAGAGGAAGCCUGUCGAAUCCUCAUUGAAAAUUUUUCUGAUAUGGAUGCUGUUAACAAAGUGGGACAGACUCCUUUCGACUUGGCUGAUGAGAGCAUCCUUGAGCAUUUAGAGGAGCUGCAGAAAAAGCAGAAUAUUCUUCGUGCUGAGAAACGAGCUGUGAGAUCAACACUUAUUGAAUCAACGGUAAAUUGCAAACUGCAACCCAAGCAUUUGAGUAAAGAUGGUCUACUUUCUGUGGAAGAAAAGGAAGCUAAACGUAAAUCACUUGAAGGAGAGAAAGUUGAUGAGGAGAGUAAAAAGGAUGAAUCUAGUAGCUCCAGUUCUGAGGAAGAAGAUGAUGCCUCUGAUUCUGAAUCAGAAAUAGAUGCAGAUAAAUCAAAGUCUUCUAUCAAAAACAAUAUCAACAGCAAAUUGAAUAGCAGUGUCUCUCACCUAUCCACGACAGGGCACUCCACUCGAUAUACAGCUACCAUUACCACAAGAAAGAUCAUUAGCCCUUUCAUUAAGUCUGCUACCAAAGAUGAAGAAGGAAAGGAUGAAUCUCCAGCUUCCUGGAGAUUGGGGUUGAGGAAAACUGGGAGCCAUGAUGCACUGACCGAAAUCAGCAGUUCACAAGCAUUGAAAGAAAAGGACUCAUUUGGAAUAAUCCGGUCAGCUUCAAGUCCCCGGCUUUCAACCAUAUUUGCUAACCAGGAAAAGGACAAAGAUACUAAAACUAGACUUGUAUAUGUUUCACCAACCAUCCCAAGCAGAAGAUUGCAUAGCACAUCGGACAUUGAAGAAAAGGAAAAUAGGGAAUCUGCAGCUAGUCUGGUACGUAGUGGCUCUUAUACGAGGCGGUCAUGGAGGGAUGACUUAAAAGAUGCAAAUCACGUGAGAAGUGAAGGUGGCAUGUCUGUAAAUGUACCAACUGCUAACACAAUGCCUUUGUAUCAGCGGAGAUCCUAUCUCACCCCCGUCCGAGACGAAGAAGCAGAAUCGCAGAGGAAAGCUCGAUCCAGACAGGCCAGACAGACAAGGAGAUCGACACAGGGUGUAACACUAACAGACCUACAGGAAGCAGAGAAGACGUUUAGCCGCUCUCGUGCUGAAAGACGAGCUCAAGAACAACAAGAGAAGGAUGAAAAGGAAAAACAAGAUGUAGAAAAGCAGGAUGAAAAAGAAAAGCCAUUGAUAUCACAAGAUGCAGAAGAAUACAGACAAAGAUGGAGUAGAAAUCAAGAGAAAGAGUCUGGAUAUCGCCAGUCAAGACACACAUCACAGUCGGAUAGUCCAUCUGUACCUGUUGCAUCACCUUCUGCAUCGGACAGUUUAUUGUAUGCAAGUACUCAUCAAAACCAGCUGAAUGGUGUAAUAGAUCAAGUACCAUCUUACUUUUCACAUUCGAGGAUCUUGUCUAAAGAACUAGAGAGCAAUGGUGGCUCUGAAAAAGUAAAUGAAGAUGAGAAGGAUUCUAAUGACAGACAACUAUCGAUAAGGGAAAGGAGACGCCCCAGAGAGAAACGACGAUCUACUGGAGUAUCAUACUGGACUCAAGAUGAUGAAAAUGAAAAGGAAGAGGAGAAAAAUACCCAGCAUGAUCGUCUCAGCAGGUUGGAUUCAGGUUCAUCAAAUACCUCAUCAACUGACAGUUACAGUGACCGGCUAUUGAGUCGAACAAGUUCUUACACACGCAGGGAGAAUCGACUUUCAUCCCUCAGUAAACUAGAGCAAGAUGAUGCUAUAAAGGAUUAUAAGAAGUUGUAUGAAGAGGCCUUGACAGAAAAUGAGAAACUUAAAGCCAAACUACAAGUGGCACAACUUGAACUCGCUGACAUGAAAGCCCAGCUUGAGAAAACUACUCAGAAGCAGGAACGGAUUUCCGAUAAGUCUUCAAUGCUGGAGAUGGAAAAAAGGGAAAAACGUGCUUUAGAGAGGAAAGUUUCCGAAAUGGAGGAAGAAUUAAAGAAACGCCCUGAAGUUCAGGCAACAUCUGUAGAAACAAGGCAAGGGUCAACGUUUCAGGUUUUAACGGAGUUGAAAUCAGACAACCAAAGGCUGAAAGAUGAGAAUGGUGCACUAAUCCGAGUAAUAAGUAAAUUGUCAAAAUGAAGGAUGCCUUUCUGAGCAAGAGGCAAGAAAAACAGAACCCACACUGAGCCUACUUGCUCUAUCAAGGAGCUGUCACAAAAGUUUCUUCAGCACUGAGAAGAUUCUGACUAUGGUUUUCUUCACCCAUUGAUGUCUGGUUUGUGCAGCUUAUGAUUGUACUCAUCAAUUACAAGUUCUUCAGUGAUAAAUUUGGAGAGAAAAUACUAACUUGUGAACAAAAAAAAUAUCACAUCCAUAUUUAAGGGAACACUUGCAGCUUAUCACAAUUGAGCCACGUCCUGUAGUGUUUCAAAUAUGAUUUUGAGAAAUGCAUUUAACUACCACUCCUGCUCAGUCACAUUAACAGUGCCCCUCAGUCAGCUGCGUGUUGAUGAAAAUAUCUGUUAUGCAGUAUUCACUUUGCACAGUAGUUAAAAUCACUGCAGAACAUGGCUUGUCCUUUUUAAGGCUUAAUACAAAAACCAUCAGCUAGACUGUAUGGUUCAGAAAGUAUUAAUUGUACGUGCAAUAUGCUGUUUUAUUAUUUUAACAUGAUAAAUGUAUUCAAUUCAGCUGCCUCCUUUUACUUUAUUUGUUUACCUUUAUUGUCAGCAGUGAAUUUCUCUGUUCAGAUUUGCAUUCAAAACUUUAAGAUGGUCAUUGGCCUUUGGAUGUCUCUUUCUAAAGUACUAUGUACUGUAUGUAAUGUUGAUGGUUUCCAAUGAUUUUGCCUCUUUCUUCCCCAGCUCCCUGCUCACCUAUCCCGAAUCUAAAUUCUAGAUCAAUGUAUCAGUGUUUAUCCCAUCCAAGCAGCAGUUAAUUAAAGAAAAACCUGAUUCAGAUUAAGGCUGCUUACUGGGGCAAAUUGAAAGAUGCAUUUUAAACAUGAGCUUCCUAGUUCUCUUGAUACGAUUUUGUGAUGUUAGAUAAAGCUAGUUUUAGGACAAACUUUGAGCAUUAUUUUGCUUCUAACUAUACACUCAAGGAAUAUUACAACCUCAUAGGUUCACAAGUAUCUCUUUCCUUUAAUCUUUUCAUUGCAUGCUGAGCAAUAAAUAUACUGUAUCUCCUAUCUACUACUGCUACAGAAGUUUAAAACAAAAUGGUACUUUUCUAUAGAGUGCACUUAUACAAUAGAGUUCAGGGAAAGGAUUCAUUUAAAAACUUGUGGUAUAGUCUGUAACCUGAUGGAAUUCACAGCAAAUCUAGAUUUGUAUAGUGUUUUCCAUGGCUGAAAUGUCUAAAUUAGGCAAUUCUGGUAGGGUACUGAAAUUGCGUGUGUGCGUGUAUGUAUAUACAUUCUCUGUGGUACCAAAAAGGCUGUCAGUUUUGUGUUUUUUUUGUUUACCUUAAUCAGGUCAACAGGUUACUAUAAAUGCAUCAGGUGUCUUUUUAUUUUAAAAAUCCUAUAUAAAAUGGACCGUGCAGUUGUAUUGCUGCUGAAUAGAAUGCAAAAGGACUAAAAUAGCCCUUUAAACAGUUUAAGGAUUAUGUACAUAUGAGAUCUUCACAGGAGGGUUCAUCCUUCUGGGAAUUUACAAUAUGCAGCUGUUGGUGGCCUUUUUAAAAACUAUGAAUAUAUUAUUAGUAUCAUCCAGUGUUAUAAUUUGAACAUUUCUGUCACAUGUUGGGGAAUGUACAUGUGGGAAAUGUACACAUUAUUUAAAGCUUGUAUACACAUCUGUAUUUUAUGGUUAAUUAGACCACUGAGUUCAGGUUUGAAAUUACAUUGUACAGCUAUUCUAUGUAAAUGAAAAGAACUAAACAUUGUCACCUUUGCAAAUGCUUCUAUUAAAUGUGAGUUUCUUAUUGCUCUGAUACAAUGUGUAUUAACUUGUGAUGCUUUUGGUUCAAAGGUUGGAAGUACUGUAUUAUACAUGUUUAGCUUGUGUAAGAUGAAGUUUUGUGCAGAUACAAGGUCAUUCUUCUGAUGUGCUUAUUGUUAGAAUUGCCUUUAGAUUUAUAAUUGCCUAAAGAAACAAACUUUGGGCCUGUUUUGGCCCAGUUCACUGUACAGUGCAAAAAAAGGAUUGAUUAUAUUAACUGAUGGGUAAGGAUUUUACCUCCAGUUAAAUUUGCUGGUCAUGGUUGAUAAAUAUCAACUGGCAGUUUAACAGUAAAAGGUAUUGAGAAGCACUUCCUGUGCUUUACAGGAGGAGUCAUGGUUAAAUGUACACUUCCUUGGCAAGUGUCAUGACUGGGCAUUGCAAUGUAAAUUAAGCUGUAGGUAAUGUGCAUGUACUCAAACUAGUAAAACAAUUGUGGCACUCCAUUUAACUUGAGAAUAAAUUUGUCAGUGAAAAUGCAGAAAAAGGUUGAAAAGUAGCUGAUUAAAUAUUUGAAUCUAAAAUGUUUAAUCAAAUUGAUGGACAAAUAUGCAAUUGAAUAACUUGGCUUUUAAACUGACAGGUUAAGAAGUAAUUAAUUUGUAGAGAGAAUUAAUAAUUUUCAAAAUGUCAUUAAGCAGCACACUUCCCUUAUUUUUUCUUGUCGUCAUCCUUUUCAAUUACACAUGUAGCAGCCUGUCCCAAGAACACUACUGGCCCACAAGGAUGGAACAAAAUGUUGCUCAGUCAUGGCUCUUCACUGUCACUCUCUCCCUCCUCCCCACCCCCCCCAAAAAAAACCCUCAAAGAAAUGGUGUAAAGAUGCCUUAUGUAUUGAAUGGCAAUUUGACUUUAAGGAAUUAUUGCAAUGUUUUGGUAGAGGUCUGUCUAUUUUGAUACUCAUCCUGUACUGUAUUCCAUAUAAUUACAAUUCAUUUGAAUUGUGUAUUAUACUUCUGUACUUGUUUUCUAAAUUUGACCUUUUAAAUGGUUACAGUAGACCACAUCUAAAGUCCUGCAAACCCCGGAUAUCUCAUUUACGUUGACAGUGCAAUGGGCUUUUAGAAAUGUUAUAAAUGAUCAGUUUACUUCCCAGAAUGAGAGGCACCACUAUUUUUUGUAAGUGAUUUUAUAAUAUAUUUUCCACACUUCAUGGUUGUGGAUUUCAUGACUUAAGUUUAAAGCUACUGGAGUCAGUAUAUGAUGUUGAUCCAAUUUUGUGUUAACCAAUUUCGAGUCCUGAUUAAUGCCAGGAGCAAAUGGGGGUUUCAGUGCAAUCAGUAACUGAUUUUUAUAUCUGGAGCCCUGAUUUUAAGCUCUUUCAGACUCCUUACUGCUGCAAAUUGCUUUCAUUAUUUGGUCAUUUGGUAGUCGAUACUGUAAUUGUCUGCAAGUCCUGGAGCUGUUGUUCCAUGGACGAAACUACCAUAGACUUUGCAGUGAACCCAACAUGAGAGGUUAAAUAGAAUUAAAGUUACUCACACUAUCCCCAAUGGUCAUUCACUACAGUAUAAAUGAAUCAGAAUCUGUGUUAUAUGUGCUGAUAGCUACUAGAAUAUGACUUCUAGCUAUUAACUUUUCAGGUGGUGCCUAUUACCAAAACUCCCUGCUGUACAAAGAAGUUAAACUGAUGUGCUUGUUUCUAUAAGUUACGUUUUACAGAUUUUUUUUUUAAUUUGCUUGAACACCAGACGGAGAAAUUGUUCCUAUUGUUUCCUUCCGGGCAAACAUUGCUAUUGGUGCAGUAUGUUUUAAAAAUGUAAAUAACAAAGCUUUAAUUAUCAGAUGUACUUUGCUAUAAGUGAAUGAUGAUACCAAGGUGGCUAUUGCUGAAGUAUAUUUUUCUACUUUAUGUCCGAUUGGUUUCGACCUAGUCCUUAGCUGCAUCUUGUCAUUUGGAUGCUGAGAAAACUGCAGGCAGAUUUUUAAUUUGUGAUAAAGCAACAGUUCAAGUUGAUUAAAUGCCUUAUAACUAGCUUGAUGGGGGCAUAAUGUCCCUAGAUCAUUGUUUCAGGAUAAGAGAUAUAACUUUUAUAUUUUAAAACUUUUAGUGGUCUACAAGGCAUGUAUAUCAGUGGUAGAACAUUUCUUCCCUCACCUUUAAAAGCAUAGUAAUGAACUAAAUUUUGCACUAUAACUGAUCAAUUUUGGGUCAUUAAUGAUUCCUAAGAUACCUGGGAGGGAGAUCUAAGGGAGGGUGGGGAUCUUGCAAGUGUGAGAAAUCUAAAAUGUACCGGUGAGCUUCUAAACGAGGAAAGCCUGGGUUAACUUUCUAGUUGUGACCCCUUCAUCAAUGUUUUAUUUUUGACUUGGAUCAGCAAGUUGGUGAAGACUGUCAUCGUACUACCAGUACAAUUUUUUUUAUCAUAUAGUUAGAUCCUGCAUCCUGAAGUAAUUUUUUUUUUACUGUGAGCUAAAGAUCAAUAUCAACAUUUCGGCAGGUCUGAUCCAUAAUAGUUAACUACAAAUUGUGUAAAUUACUGCAAAACAGAUGCUUUGUUUCAUCAACAGGUAAUCUGAAAUGUUCAGAAAAUAGUUCACCCUGUCACUCAUAUGGUCUUGAUUUGGUUCAUUUUUUUCAAAUUAUUAAUUCAGUCCAAGUUUUUAUUGGCAGUUUAGCAUUCUUUUAACAUUUAUAACUAGAUUUUGGUGCACUGCAAACUAUUAUGUGGUUCAUAUAUGUAUGUGUGUUUUAAGUAAUGUGUGUGUUUGUAAUUUACAUCAGUUCAGAUUUUAUGAAGUUUAUUUAUUGGUCUGUACAUUGAGUUGUUAAUCUGCUUAUCGAACUUUUCACAUCUUGUAUCUGCAUGAAACUGGCUUCAAUAAACUGCAGACAAAUGUAUUUUGUCAAAUAUAAAUAAAUACAUUU